CGACGCCUCUCAGCGGUGCAUCACGGAGGUUUGGAAGCGGGUGGGGAAGACGCGGGCAACGAUUGACCCUAUUACACUAAAAAUUUUACUCAGGGUUGGUUUGCCCGGUCCGAUUUCCAACCUAAUAACGUCGUACUUCCUCUGACAUUUCAUCCCAGACCUGACAUCCCCUCUAAUGUCGGAUUUCAAGCUUGGGAUUGUUCGACUUGGCCGUGUGGCCGGGAAGACAAAGUACACUUUGAUUGAUGAGCAAGACAUACCAUUGGUGGAAAACUAUGCCUUUGAGGCACGCAUGGAAGUUGAUGCAGAUGGGAAUGGGGCAAAAAUCUUUGCUUAUGCCUUUGACAUCGGCAAGGGUAGAUGGGCUGGUCGACCACUGCAUGAGUUACUUUGGGAAAAGCACAGAGGUGGAAUUGCUCCAAGUUUCCAAGUAGUUCACAUAAACUCAGUCACAGUGGACAACCGUCUAGACAACUUGCGUCUCGUUCCUGUGGGAUGGAGUCCCAAACCAGAAGAACUGUCCAGCAAACAAAGAGAGCAGUCGUUGUAUUGGCUGGCCAUCCAGCAGGUUCCAGCUGACCCAGUGGAAGAGCAGUACCUGGAGUUGAGUCGCACACGCUACUACAAUGCCAACGGAGAGCUGGUGGAAGAGGAGGAGUGCUCCUGCACCUACUACGAGUGUCACUACCCACCUUGCUCGCUCAUUGAGAGGAGGCUGAGGGAGUUCAACAUCUGCGGCCGAUGCCAAGUGGCACGCUACUGUGGCUCACAGUGCCAACAGAGAGAUUGGCCAGUCCAUAAGAAGCAGUGCCGUGAGCGUAAACGGGUUCUGGCACUGGAGUCUGAGCCCGAGCGAUGAUCCCCCUCAAUCCCAGUUUGAAGAACGAUGGUCACAGGUGGUG